UUGAAAUGUAAAUUUUUUUGUUUUUUUGAAUAUAAAUUUUGAAAUGCGUAAUAAUCUCGAGAUUAAGUGUGCUAAAAAGACAUUUGGAUCUGGAAAAGAUAAAAAAUUGAUUUUAAAUAGUUUAAAUUUGACAAUUCCGAUUGGAAAAAUUUAUUGUCUGCUUGGUGCUUCUGGAAGUGGAAAGUCGACAUUAAUUUCUUGCAUUUUGGGAGUCAAACGAUUAGAUUCAGGAUGUAUAAAAAUAUUACAAGAGAAAGUGACUGAUAAGCAUUCAUUACGUUUGAUUAAUUCUAUUGGAUAUAUGCCACAGGAACCUGCACUUUCACCAACAAUGACAGUAAAGGAAACUUUGGAAUUUUUCGCAAACAUCAGUCAAAUGAACAUGAGUUUAUUUGACAAUCGAUAUAAGAUGCUAGCCAAAAUGUUUAAAUUACCAGCGGAUGAUGUAUUAAUUGAGAAUUUAUCAGGUGGUGAAAAGAAAAGAGUUUCAUUAACUGUAGCUUUAAUUCAUGAUCCAGAAUUAUUGAUCCUUGAUGAACCAACAAUUGGACUAGAUAUUGUGAUUUGUCAAAAAAUAUGGAAUUUCUUAAGGCAAUCAAUUAACUCAAAUUGUAAUUUAUCAGUUCUAAUGACAACGCAUUAUCCUCAUGAAGCAGAAAAAGCUCAUAUUUGCGGUUUUAUGAGGAAUGGAAAGCUUUUAGUUGAAGAUAUACCAAAGAAUAUUGUCGAAAGUUUGAAUGUUCAUAACCUCGAUGAAGCAAUACUUGGAUUAUGUAAUUCAGAGUCGAAUGACGAAGUUCCAUUAAACUUUAUGCAGAUCAGUCGAAAUGCUGGUCACUAUAAGGAGAUUGUUAACUUAGUAAGCACUAGGAAGCUAUUGGAAAUGCAAACCUUAUCAGCACUGUUGGUUAAGAAGCUGCAAUGGAUUAAGCGGACGAAAAAACUCACUUUUAUGGUCAUAUUACUUCCAAUAAUUCAGUUUUAUUUGAUGUGCCUGACAAUUGGUAGACCUCUGACAGACAUAGCACUUGGAAUAUUCAAUGGCGAGAAUAUAAACUGCACUGCAGGCAAUUUUACAUAUGACUGUCGCAGCAAAGGUCUUUCGUGCCUUUUUAUUGAUACAAUAUCAGAUAAAGUUUUUCGCAAAAUAUUUCAUACUGAUUUUGAUGAUGCUUUUAUGGAAGCGAGAGUUGGAAACGUUAUGAUGGAUAUACCGUCAAACUUUACUGAUGAGCUUAUGAAAACAAGUGGACAGAAAGAUACAGAAAAUUAUAUUAAAAUCUAUUUGGACCAAACAAAUAUUGUUCAAUACCAAUUCGCAAAGUUUGAACUAAUGAGAGCUUAUGGAGAUUUUAUCGGAAAUGUCAAGGCUAAAUGCAAUCGUUCACUAAUUUAUUACCAGAAUCAAAUGAUUUUUACAAAUGAAAACAGCGAAAAGUUUGAAGAGUCAAUUGACUUUCAGUCAUCAUUUGUUUCUACAAUGUAUUUAGUGAUGAUUGUCAUUUCCUCAACAAUCAUGCUAGCUUUAUCAGUCAAUCAAUAUAAAUAUGAAAUGACAUGGAAUAGAAUUUUGCUGUCCGGAGUCGAUGUCUAUCAGCUUUUAAUGACUGAAAUUAGUUUAAGCUUUAUUCUUGCAACCGUGCAUGCUAUUCAGACUGAAGUUCUUUUGUAUUUCCAUGAAGACUUGGCUGCAAUUGACGAUUAUGUAUCAUUAUUUGGACUUGUUGUGUUUAGUAGCUUAAUUGGAGGCAUGAUUGGAAUUCUUGGAGCAAUUUUGUUUGACAAUUUCAUCACUUUAUCAAUAGCUAUGUGUUCAAUAUUUUAUGUUUUCAUUACUGGCUGUGGUUGGUUAUCUCCAUUUGAAAGCAUGUCAAAGUAUAUACAACUGUUGAUGAAGAUUUUGCCUUCUGGACUACCAACAAUAUCAUUCCGGAAUGUUCUUUUUAAAGGACAUACUAUUACUAAUCAAUUGGUUUAUAACGGAUUUAUUUUGUUGAUGACUUGGAUUUUGGGAACAAUUUUACUGAUUUGUGUUAUACUUAAAAACAGAAGAUAUAUUUAAAAAUAAAGAAUAAAGAUGCAGGAG